AUGAUUUCCAAAGGUUCGAAUUUAAGAAAAAAUUGACUGUUUCAAACAACUAUGAAAAAUAAAUAAAAUAAAUUUAACGAUUAGUUUGCAUCUGAUUAUUGAAUCUUCAAAAUUUUCAGUCAAUUCUUCGAAUGUCGUCGAACAUUAGUAAACAUCGAAGCCAGUCGUAUUUUCAUCGAACAGUUCACUGUGCAAUUAUCGAUUUUUGAAAGUUCCCUAACAACUCAUCGUGCAGCUAAACAUUUUAUAGGUAAGUUUUUUUCUGAGUUUCAAGAAGUCUGCCAAUAAGUUACUGUAGAAUUCAAGAGUUUCCUAUUUUCCAGCCUACGCAAGAAAUGAGAUGGACACAUUCAAGAAAAAUUUUGCUGUAGCUGAAGUAAUGUCAUGUCGACGACUUUUGGAUGCACAUUGGAUUCGAAUGUCGGAAAUUGUUGGUUUUGAUUUGACACCGUAUGCAAAUAGUUCGAUUGCACAAAUUUGUGAACUUGGUUUGGAGGCACAUUUACAACAAUUGAAACCAAUUGCAUUUAGUGCUGAAAGGGAAGCGACGUCGGCUGAUCAAUUACAUGCAAUUGUCACAUUCUGGAGCCAUGUAGGUUUUUUUGGUUUCAAGAGAUCCCAAUAUUUUCAAUAGCGACAACAAAACUCAAAAAAAAAUUUUUUUAGGAACCCCUUGAAAUGCGGUGCUAUUCACAAUGGAAAUUAUCAUUAGCAGUUCAUCUCAAAAAUCUUUACAUCAAAGUUCAAAGUGAUAAUGUUAUGCUGAAACAUAUGACUAAUGUGGAGCAAAUUAGUGAUGAUUCUUUACCGUAAGUUGGAAAUCGCUACGAGACCUGGGACCUAUUUUCUUUUUUUUUCGGAAAACUCUCGUAGAACCAUAUAUUCCACUCAUAAUCACUCAUUUCAACGACCAAAAACGUCAAAAAUCAAUUCCAAACAACAAAAAAGUAUAUUUUUAUUGAAUACAGUCUUUAAAGGCACACAAACACAUAUGAGAAAUAUCUCGGCGCGCUGCCCGCGAAUUUUUUUUUGUUUUCAAAAAAUACAAAAUUAACACACACGUUUGAAAAAGAAGAAAGUUGUGCAAUUUUCAUCGCGCAUCCGACAAAAACGGUGCAACGCCUAGCGGUGUAAUUACCCCCACUUCAUCAAAAACAAAAAAUAUAGCGAAAAUCAGCGUAUCGAGAUCUGUGCGAAUGACUUUGUUUGGAAUUUUUAGGGGUCCUGGGAAGAAAGUUAGCCUCCGCUGCGAGACCAAUCGAAAUUAAAAACACAUGCGCCUUUGAUACCGUACCUCUUUUUUUCAAAAUGAAAAAUAGAGAGCGCGGCAAACGAGAGAGUGCGAGAGAUGUGUGAGAACAAAAUGUGUGCAAACACAUGUCCGCAAACACCGUUGUCACUGCUUACCAUGACUCUUCAUUGCAUGGGAAAAACGUGUGUGUUAAAAGAGACUUUUUAUAAAAACGAAAACUCUGUAAUAGAGGCUCGGACAAAAAAAGUCAUAGUCUCAGAAUCAGCCCAAUUUUUUUCAAGAGUUACCCCUAUGGGUGGGGAACUUUUUCCGCCAGGUUAGAGAUCAUGAUAUCGUUUCACCAUUUUGGUGGGAUAGGGUGAAGAAAUCGAAAAUUUUUCGAAAAUCGAUCAUAACUAUGCUUAGAGUCCAUAUUUUUUUUUGAUCAAAAAAGCAUUUUGCUCGUCUUUGCACGCUCUACAAGCCUGAAUUGAUUAUGAAUCUUGAAUUUUUUCGAUUUCGAUUCCUUUUUUUUCACCCCCUGUUUUCAUCAUCAAGGAUACAUUUGCGCACUUUUAUAUUGGUUUUAAAAGAUUCCUCAUGCCUUUUUACGUAUUUUUGACCAUUAACAAAUAAAAUCUGCGGUAUCCUUCAUACUAGAAUAUUCCCGUUUUUAAGUUCAACUCGGGUCGGCGCGCGCGCAUUUCCACACACAAACACACAAAAUGUGUGUGUGUGUGUGUGCGUGUACUUAUUUACACGUGUGCAUUUGUGUUUUUGUUUGUGUGUGCAAUGUUUAUGUUGAAAAUUCUUUUCUUUUUUUUUUUGAAAAAAAAAUAUGAAAUAGUCUGAAUAAUUUACAGUAGUUUCAAAAUUGGAGUUGAUUCAUGUAUUUUUGAGGUACGCGAGGCUAUCAAAAGCAUUUUUUAUGUGCUACACUGCUCCAAAAAAAGAUAACCUCACCCCGCAUUUUUAAAAAAAAAAGCGAAAAUUUGAAAUUUUUGAAAAAAGUUUGUUUUUUGAAAUUUCAUCCCUGAAAACAAGCUCAGACAAUAAAUAUGGACGACCAGGAGAUUUUCCGGUGCCAUAAUUUCGCGGAUCGUUAACAUAAUUAUUGAUAACUCGUGGACUAAAUCUAAAUCUAAAUCUCUUGCGAUUUGUCGAUUUGAAAUUCGUUGAUCUUUUUUGGAUGUGAUUUGCCCUUUUUCAAAAUCAGAAAGAGGCUUUCCUCGCGGCAUUUCGGAUGAAAAUUUGAUGUGGGAUGUUAGAAAAGUAUUGAUCAUUAGAAAACAAUUUGAAAAACAAAAAAAAAAAGUAAUUUUCAAAAGUUUACGUCGUGGUAUAUUCAAUCGGCGCGAAAUUCAAAAUUCGCAUCUCGAUUGUUUUCUUCUUUUUUUUUCAAUUUUUUUCCAAUUUUUUAAACAUAAUGAGCAUAAAACAGAUCAUUUGAAUCGUCUUGAACGUCAAACAUUGAAAGAAAAAUGAAAAAAUAGCAACAUUUGUAUAAAAUGCUUGAAAAAUGCUCUUUACAUCGCAAUGCUCCAAAUCUGAUGCUCACAACUUGUUGGAAACGUGGCACUGUGUUUUUUAAGAUCAAAAACUCACCAACCAUACAUCAACACAUUAUGUGACUAACUCCGACUAAAAAGUCCGAAUUCGUCAAAAAACAUGGGGUAAGGUUAUCAUUAUGUGGAUUGGCAAAUCGGCUUUUUUUGAAAAUUCUCAAUUUUUUUCAGCGCUUACCAAAUCUGAAAUUUGUUUUCAGGGAUGAAUUAGUAUCCGACUUUGACAUGUUUUUCAAAAAACAAACUUUUUUCAAAAAUUUCAAAUUUUCGCUUUUUUUUUUAAAAAUGCGGGGUGAGGUUAUCUUUUUUUGGAGCAGUGUAGCACAUAAAAAAUGCUUUUGAUAGCCUCGCGUACCUCAAAAAUACAUGAAUCAACUCCAAUUUUGAAACUACUGUAAAUUAUUCAGACUAUUUCAUAUUUUUUUUUUUCAAAAAAAAAAGAAAAGAAUUUUCAACAUAAACAUUGCACACACAAACAAAAACACAAAUGCACACGUGUAAAUAAGUACACGCACACACACACACACACAUUUUGUGUGUUUGUGUGUGGAAAUGCGCGCGCGCCGACCCGAGUUGAACUUAAAAACGGGAAUAUUCUAGUAUGAAGGAUACCGCAGAUUUUAUUUGUUAAUGGUCAAAAAUACGUAAAAAGGCAUGAGGAAUCUUUUAAAACCAAUAUAAAAGUGCGCAAAUGUAUCCUUGAUGAUGAAAACAGGGGUGAAAAAAAGGAAUCGAAAUCGAAAAAUUCAAGAUUCAUAAUCAAUUCAGGCUUGUAGAGCGUGCAAAGACGAGCAAAAUGCUUUUUUGAUCAAAAAAAAAUAUGGACUCUAAGCAUAGUUAUGAUCGAUUUUCGAAAAAUUUUCGAUUUCUUCACCCUAUCCCACCAAAAUGGUGAAACGAUAUCAUGAUCUCUAACCUGGCGGAAAAAGUUCCCCACCCAUAGGGGUAACUCUUGAAAAAAAUUGGGCUGAUUCUGAGACUAUGACUUUUUUUUUGUCCGGUGGGUUUUGCAUUCUUAUAAAAAGUGUCUUUUAAUUUCCAACAUUUUAUUUUCUUCGCGUGAAAUAUGGCGAAUCUUGUCAUUUAUUGUUAUUUUUGGUGGAAAGUAGAAGCUUAAAGGUAAAUUUGCCUUAUCGAGUUUCGAUUCUGUUUUAUAAAGUUUAGAAAUUUCAAAAAAAAUAAAUAAAUUUCCCGAAUUUCCAGCGUUUGGAUUGAAUGGACCACUCGAGCUGAGAAAAUCUUGAAAGAUUGGAGCGAAACUCAACUAAAAUGGACAAGAGUUGCGAAUAUUUUCGUCACGUGCCGUCAAACUCUUCAAACCGAAUAUGAAUUGUUGCGAGAUUGCGCUAAAUUUUGGCUCAAAAUCGAAAAAUCGGUGGCGAAAGAUGCGGCGAUUUUCCGCGUGUUGCAAUUGCCGCAUUUACCGUGUUGGAUUGGAAGAAUUGGGAGGAAUGUGACGGUUAUUAUUGAGGUGGGUUCUAGGUGUUUAAAUGGUUUCCCAGAAAAAAUUAAUAUUUUUGCAGGGUGUUCGAAAUCUUCUGAAUGAAAUGCGCCUCAACAAUGCUCGUCUUUGCCUUUCUUCCGAAUUACACCUUCUUUCACUUUUCUCAACAACUUCAAUCGAUUCGAAGCUUCGACUUUUGCUUAGGGAAUGUUUUCCAACUCUCAAAAGACUGUGUUUCAAUCGUCGAAAUCAAUUAGAACUUAUCGAUUUGAACAACGAAAAAAUGUGUCUAGAUCUUUCAAAAGAUUCUAUCGAAAAAUUGGAUCCUUGUGAACUCAUAAAAUCAAUCGAACUUUCGUUUGCUUCAAAACUCACUGAAAUCAUCACUUGCGAUCGACAACAACUUCAACAACAAGAACUUCGAACAUCGAAAAUUGCAAGUAAAAUCGGAUCGAAUGUUGGUGAAAUGAUGGAAGUUAGAGUAUCGAUUGAUCCGUUGUUUUUGGCGCGAAUUGAUAAAUCAUAUUUUGUGCAACACAAAAGUAUACAACGACAAUCCGCAUUGACGAUGGAUUUUGUAUAUUCGACCGAGUCGUUGAAGUUUAUACCGUGAGUGGAUUUUGAUAUAGGGGAAUUUUUUGUGACCUACGUUUUUUUUUUGAAUUUUAAAAUUUAUAAUAUUUAAAGAAAUUGACAAAAUUUUCAAAAAAAAAUCAUAUUUGGUCCCAGAAAUCUGAAAAUUAGAUGAUGAAACUCUUGUCCCUCCUUCUUCCAAAAUCCUCGAUUUUCCAGCCGUUCUCUCGCUGAUAAUUGGUGUAAUGGUCGAAUAAUCCUUCUUCAAGGUGAAAUGUGUAUAACUCGAAAUUUCGCUCAAAAACUCGCCAGCUCUCUCAGUUCCAGUUUACGUCUUGUAAAUUCGCACUCAAAAAUCAGUCUUCAACUUUUCGAGCGACUUCUUCAAAUUUCAACAAUGAAUAAUUGGUUUGUUCUUCUGGAAAAUGUGGAUCUUUUGAGUUCCGAAGCGAAAUUCCGAUUUUUCAGUGAAUUACUGAAAAAUCAGGCGAAUCAAGCAUUUCCCAGAUUAUUUUUGAGUUGCACUGAGGAAAUCAGAACUACUUUACCGAGAAAUAUUAAUGUGGAAGUGCUCGUUGAAGUUAGCCAAACUCUACCGGUUUUGGAUGAAAAAUCAACAAGUUCCUAUAUUUUUGAUGUCUCAACUACAACUCCAAUCUCAACUUUUCGAACUGGAAGUAUACCAUCGGAAAUUUCGAAACUUCCCAAUCAAAAACAGCCAAGUUCACCGCAUUCAACUCUUUUGGAAAAAAUUGGAAUGGAAAUUCGAAAUCGUGAAAUAUCUGGAUGUAUUGGACCGAAUGCCAAAACUAUUUUGAAAGAGGUUUUGGAUUUGUUUGCCGAGAAAAUUGUGUGGAUUUAUACCGAUGUUUUUACACGAGAUCAAUUGAUUUUUCCGAAUUCGAUGGCUGGAUUUGCCGAAACUCCUGGUGGUUUGAUCUUUGAUUUGUUGAUGAUGGAUUCGACGCCUGGAAUUGGAGCUGAUUCCGAGAGAAGCUAUCAUUCUACAGGUUCGGAAAAAUAAUUUUGGGAGAAAUAAAAUUGGAGCUGAUUUUUUAGGACAAGGCUGAAAAUUGAAAUUGAAAAAAAAGUCUAGCGAAUUUUUGAAAUGUUUUAAUUUUGCAAAAUUAUUUUCUCUGAAAAAAACUUCCACUUUUUUUCAAAGUCCCAAUUUAAAAUGAGUUGCAGUAUCCACGUCAUCAAUCAAUAUUCAAAACAUUGUGGUUUUCUAUGGAUUUUCCCAAUUUUGGACAAUUUUCCCAUUUCUGAGUUCACUUUUCGGAAAAAAGAAGCUCGACUCGAAUCUAUUUUUGAAUUCGGCAUUUUUGACUUUGGAUGAUGGCUCGACUUUUUGGCCCUUUGAAAAUGUUCAAUUUUUGAUUUGUGUUCCUGAUGAAGAGGUGAGAAAAGGGAGGAAAUAUUGAAGGAUUUUAUACGUUUCGAAUUUUUUUGAAUUUCGAAUGAAAUAGAAUUUUUUGAUCAAUUGAUAAAGUGGAUUUUUUACGUUUCACAGAUUCUUGAAUUCUGUAGAAAUUAUUGAAUAUUUUAAUAACAGAAAGUUUUUUAAUUUAAAAAAUAAUUACAAUUCCAAAAAACAUUGCAGGGCUACCAUGUGAACACAAUCAAUAAAUUCGACAUUCCCUAUCAUACCGUAUCCUCAAAUAUCCCUGGAAAAAUCGAACAAGUAUCUCGAUGUUAUCGAAAAGAAUGGCAAAAAAAGUUCGCCGAACUCUUCAACAAAGUCUCAUUGGUCGAAACAAUGGAUGAACUUAUCGAAACUCUCGUCUCACCGAUUUGCCAGAAUUUCGCGCAAAUUUCCAAACUUUUUCAAGUGAUUUAUCAGGAUUUGACUGAAGUUUUACCAAUGUCUCGAACUACUUCAGUCAAUGAUACAUUGAGGAUUACAGUAAUCCUAGCGACGGCUAAUUUUAUGGCGAUUUUUGCGAAAAAUUUGGAGGAUUUGAAGGUGCUUGAGAAGAAACUGCUGAAAUUGAUUGGACCACUCAAAUCAAAGAUCUCGAUUCAGAUUCCGGAAGAUGUUUGUAGUUGGAAGAUUAGUUAUCAAGAUGCAACUCGACUUGUUAAAUGGGAAGAUGAACCAUUUUGUCAGGUAAUUAUGAGAGUUACAUUUUCAACGUACCAUUUUUCCCAUUUUUGCAGUCUUCAAUCGAAAAAGAUGCGCCAAUUGGUGAGAUUAUGAUUGUGACACCGAAUAUCGAUCGCCUCCUAUUUUAUACCACCCGACUUUUGCUAACUGGAAAUAAUAUUUUGAUUCAUGGCGCUGCUUUUUCGAGAAAAACUAUGUUCGUAAAAAUGGUUGAAAAGUAUUUUUUGGCGGAUGAAAAACAAUUUAUUUGGUUGGAUGGAAAAAGUCGAGUUGGAAAUUUGGUGGCACAGAAAAAGUUUGCUGAUGUGAUUUUGGAGUGUGAGAAACAGCAUGCCGGAAAACAGUUGGUGAGUUUGAAAAUUUCUGAACCGGGCUAAGCCUAUUCUAGAUCUACAUACAACAGUCCGGAAAAUUUUAGCAUUCUUGGUACUGUAGGUAAACAUUUUGCACACAUUUUUUCCAAACGUAUAAACAUUUUUAUAUGUAAAAAAUUACACAAAUACUCAAUUUUUAAAGAAAAAAUUUUGUAGAAGAAAUUUUUAUUUUCAGUUUGUGGUCAUCGAUCGUUUCUCAUUCACUGAACCCCUUCUACCAAUCAUCGAAUUCUUUGUGGAUCACAAAACAUUUUGGUCCGAUGGUCAGCUUUGUACAUCAGAUGCUCAAUUUCGAAUGAUAAUUCUGACCGACGAAGAAGACUUUCAUUGGCUCCAAAAAACACGGGCUCUUUCGAGCACAUUUAUCGGAAUUGGUAUGCCAGCUACCAAUUUUCAUGAUCAGAAAAUUCUUGUGCAACAAAUUAUAUCGGCAAAUUUCAGUGCGAAAUCUUUCAGCUCUGAAUAUCAUCAUAUUUUGGAAACAUUUUCUGAAUGUAUUGUUGAGAUUGUUACACAGAGUUAUGUUAAAUCUCUCUCACCAAUGGCUCUUGCAACACGACUUGCCAAAUCAUUUUUCUUUGCAUUUCCUGAUAAUUGUCCUGAUCCGGAUGCACUUCUUCGAUUAUUUAUUCAUGAAUCUGCACGAGUUAUUGGUGAUGCGAUUGAUCCGAUACACCGUGCACAUUUCGCGCAGCAAUUUGAGCAACUUGUUGAUGCGAAUUUUAGCUCGACGAAUUUGCAGACUGUGUUGAAAAGUGUGAUUUUGGUAGAAGAUGCGGAUUUGGAUGAAGAGGAAAAUGAGGUAGGUCAAAGAUAUUUUGAGGGAAAAAUGUUUCACUGUUUCAAAAAUAUCGAAUAAUAAAUAAUAAUAUAAUUCUUAUCAGUCACAAAGCUCAUUCAUUUCUUGAACUCGCCAUUUUUGUUUUUUGAGGGUCGUCUUCAUUUCGUAGAUUUUAGUUGGUGUAAGUUGAAUAUUAAAUAAAAUAUAAUCUAAAAGAAGAUUGAUUCUAAUAUCAGAAAUUUUUGUGUCAAAACCUUUUGGAAUACCAAGCAAGUCUUGCAAAGUAUAUUCAUGAAGAUCGUGCUGAUUGCACUGUCUGUUGUCUACAAUAUCAUAGAAGCAAUCUCUUGCAGUUGUCAAAUUUAUAUCCUUAUUAGUCAUACACGAUGCUAAUUUUUCGGUGAUAUUUCUUGCAUAAGAUUCGGUUGUAAAUUCAAAUACAAGUUCUUCAUCUUCACAUCGUUGAAAUUCAUUGACUAGUUUCCAGUGUUCACCAAUUUUCCAGAAAUCAAGUCUCAUCCAAUUUUUUGUAUCAUUUUUCUCCAUUGACAAAGUUAAAUUGUUCUCCUCAUUCAAAAUUCCACAAUUCACAUAUUUUGCUUCGUUGAAAUCUUUUCGAAGUAGUCUAAAGUGUUCCAAAUAUUGUUCAGAUCGUAAUCGCAUUAUUCUUCCAUCACAAAACAAAUAAUGAAACUCGUCGUGAUAACGAUCCCAAAUAUCUUGCUCAUUUUCAUAAUUUAGAAAAUUUCUACAAAACUGUUCAUCGUAAUUAUGAUGAUAAGAGUGGAUUGGAAUUUGUAGAAGUAAAUAAGUGAGAAGUAGGAAAAUCAUACUUUUUCGGAAGGCAAAAUUAUAGAUAUGGUUGUUAUGGUUUUAUAUUGUCUAGACCCGAGUUUGCACAAUUUUUAUCAACAAAAAAAUAUUGACUGGGAUUUCUUUAAAUCAAAAUUGUUUCAUGAAGUUUAUCUCAAAAAUGAGCGAAAAAUUCACCGAAAAAUAUAUGUUUCAAAUUUUUUAUAAUUGGAACUAUUGGAAUUUUGACAUAAUGAAUGAACUUUGAUGUUUUCAAAUUUUACUGUUUCAAAGAAAAUAGUAAACUUGUGAAGUGUUUUAAUUAAUAACCCUGGGGAGCAUACCGUAUUUUUAACAUUAACAAAAUAAAUUUCUAGCUAUUUUUCCGUUUCUUAAAAAUCUUUAUUCACAGAAUCAACCAUCUCAAAUAUUCGACAUGUUUGAUCUAAUAUAUUCCGAAGUCGAUGCUCAUGAUGUUAUGGAUGGUUUAUCAUACGAACCAGUUGUGGAUCGUAUCCAAUUCCAGCGAAGUAUUGAGAACUUCCUCUUCGAACAUCAUCGAAAUCAUCCAAAAGAUCGAAUUCGAUUAUUUAUUGAUUGGGAAUCGGCAACUUGGGUACAAAAAGUGAUGCGAGUUAUUCGACAAGCUUCUGAACAUAUGGUUCUUGCCGCUCUUCCGUCAUCCGGUCGAACACAAAUUGUGAAAGCGGCUUGUGUUGCGUGCAAUGCAACACUGAUGCAUUUACAAGUUGACGCAAAUUCGUAUGAUGCAUUUAUUAAUCGAUGGGAUUAUGCAUUUCAAAGAGCUAUUUCGAUAAUUGCCAAUACUAAUCAACAUGUUGUGCUUUUGGUGCAUUUGGAUUUUUGUGUGGGUUUUUUUUUGAGGAAUUGGGGGCAUAAAAAUGAACAUACCGUACCUUUCAACUAGAAGAUUAUGAGACUUCGUGUGAAGAAAAAAAUUACGUUUCAAAGUUUUUAGAUUCAUUCAAAAAUAUUUACUGACAAAAUCGAAAAAACAUUUCAAAAAGUUUUUACAUAAAAAUUUUGAAACAGUAAUUUUUCGAAAAUAUGAAAAAUUAUAUUUUUUCAAUUUUCCAGUAAUGAAAAACUCAAAAAAUUGAUUGGUGAAAAUUCAUGGUUUGAACUUCUCAAAACUCCAAAAAAUUUUACAGUACGAAAAAGUGGAGCCUCGUUGGAUGGAACAAGUUCGCCUUUGGAUCGAAUCUCCCAAUACCCAAUAUAUUAUUUCGGAUGAGCAAUUACAUAAUAUGGGAGAACAAUUGAUUGAAUGCGAAAAGAAUUUGGCGACUCAAAUGCAAACUGUUGGACUUAGGCUUCCUGGGUAAGUAUUCUAACUAUAAAUGUUUUUGAAAUCAUUUUUUAAGGCAGAGAAUGUGCAAAUAUUUGCCGGUUGAAGUUUUGAAGGACCCAACAACUUUGAGAAAUGUUCUGGAAUCGAGAAUUUUGGAUGCCUUGCAUGUUGUUUUCCUUGUCGAUCCGCAAUUUAAGAGUGAUUUCUCGUGGUGCACAAUCUUUCAUCUGCCGGAAAUUCACGAGAAAUCAAAAAUAUUGGAAAAAAUUGCGAAGAUUAUUGCGGAUUGUAAAAUUGAGGGAAAUGUUGAGAAUCUGAUUUUCACAAUUUUCGAGUUGGUCAAAGGAUAUUUGGCAUCGAUUGGAUUGGGAAUGAGUGGAUUUGCGAGUUUUAGCAGAGUUUUUGAGGUGGCUGAUUGUUUUCAAAUUGUGUAUGCGCAGCAAAAAAGGUAA